AUGGAACAAUUCAUACUACGUGUUGUUGAUGCAGCAGCAGUGGUCGAUGAAAUAAUGGUCGUCGAUGAAACAACAGUGGUGGAUGAAGCAGCAGUGGUGGAUGAAAUAACAGUCGUUGAUGGAGCAGCAGUGGUGGAUGAAAUAACAGUCGUUGAUGGAGCAGCAGUCGUCGAUGAAACAACAGUGAUUGAUGGAGCAGCAGUGCUCGAUGAAAUAAUAGUCGUCGAUGAAGCAGCAGUGGUGGACGAAAUAACAGUCAUUGAUGGAGCAACAAUGGGCGAUGAAACAACGGUGGUUGAUGAAGCUGCAGUAGUCGAAGGAGCAACAGUGGUCGAUGAAAUAACGGUCGUUGAUGGAGCAGCAGUGGUCGAUGAAACAACGGUGGUUGCUGAAGCUACAGUAGUCGAAGGAGCAACAAUGGUCGAUGAAAUAACGGUCGUCGAUGAAGCAGCAGUGGUGGAUGCAACAACGGUGGUUGAUGGAGCAGCAGUGGUGGAUGAAAUGACGGUCGUGGAUGAAGCAACAGUAGUCGAAGGAGCAACAGUCGUCGAUGAAGCAGCAGUGAUGGAUGAAACAACGGUGGUCGAUGAAGCUACAGUAGUCGAAGGAGCAACAAUGGUCGAUGAAAUGACGGUCGUGGAUGACGCAAUAGUAGUCGUUGAAAUAACGGUCGUCGAUGCAGCAGGCGUAGUCGAUAGGGCAGCAGUGGUCGACGGAGCAACAGUGAUCGGUGAAACAACCGUCGUUGAUGAAGCAACAGUAGUCGAAGCAGCAGCAGCAGCAGUGGUCGAUGAAAUAACGGUCGUGGAUGAAGCAACAGUAACCGAAGGAGCAACCAUCGUCGACGAAGCAGCAGUGGUAGAUGAAAUAACGGUCGUCGAUGCAGCAGGUGUAGUCGAUAGGGCAGCAGUAGUCGACGGAGCAAUAGUAGUCGAUGAAACAACCGUGGUUGAUGGAGCAACACUGGUCGAUUGA